CGUUGUUGGGGCAACUGUGCAGCUCUUGAUGGCGACUCGGCCUCCGCCGUCGCGCGGCAAGGGCGACGCCACGCCCCUUUCGCCGAGCAGCCGGAACAGCCUCUUGCCGGGCACGCCCGGCAGCAACCAGAGCCUCUCCUCUCCCGUGCUGCACGGCAACAAGCUCGGCUGCAAGCGGCCCUCGUUCGACGGCGGCAGCCCGCAGAUGCUGCCGCCGCGCAAGGUGCUGGCGGCGAAGCGGGCAAAGACGGACAUCACGAGCGAGCUCGAGCAGCAGCGCGCCACCCUCAUCCUCGCCGACGGCACCCGCUGGGAGGGCGUCGCGUUUGGCGCUAAGGUCGGCGUCGCGGGAGAGGUGGUCUUCAACACGGCGAUGGUCGGCUACCCGGAGUCGCUGACCGACCCGUCGUACCGCGGCCAGCUGCUUUGCCUGACCUACCCGAUGAUCGGGAACUACGGCGUGCCGGACCUGGACAGCAGGGACGACAUCGGCCUCCCAACCUUCUUCGAGUCAGAGAAGAUCCACGCCACCGCGCUGAUUGUCGCGGAGUACUCGCACGACGCCUGCCACUGGAACCUCACCCACACGCUCUCCGACUGGCUCAAGCAGCACAACGUGCCGGGCAUCUACGGCAUCGACACGCGCGCCCUCACCAAGCACAUCCGCGAGCAGGGCGCCAUGCUCGGCAAGAUUGUGCCCGCGGGCGCCGCCGAGUCGUCUGUGCCGCAGGUGAACCCGAACGACCUCAACCUCGUCGCCGAGGUCUCGCUCAAAGAGCCGCGCCUCUUCGUCUCGCACGCGCCGCCGCGGCAGGGCAAGGACGGCAAGCGCAUGCGCAUCCUCGCCAUCGACUGCGGCAUCAAGGCGAACAUCAUCCGCUACUUCAUGUCCAAGGGCGUCGAGCUGCUGCUCGUGCCGUGGGACUACGACUUCAGCGGCGAGGCGUUCGACGGUCUCUUCAUCUCUAACGGUCCCGGAGACCCCACCCAGUGCCAAAAGACGAUCGGCUACCUGCGCGCUCUGAUCGAGCGGGCGGACGCGCCGCCCGUCUUUGGCAUCUGCCUCGGCAACCAGCUGCUCGCCCUCGCCGCCGGCUGCACAACGUUCAAGAUGAAGUACGGCAACCGCGGCGCCAACCAGCCCUGCAUCGACACGCGGACGGGCCGCUGCUACAUCACCGCGCAAAACCACGGCUUCGCGGUGGACCCGGCCUCCAUCCCGCAAGGCUGGGAGCAGUUCUUCGUCAACGCGAACGACGCGACCAACGAGGGCAUCAUCCACAAGACGCGCCCCUUCUUCUCGGUCCAGUUCCACCCCGAGGCGUGUGCCGGACCCACCGACACCGACUUCCUCUUCGAGAUGUUCCUGCGGCGCGUGCACGGCGAGCACGCCGAGGUGACCGUCUCGUACCGCCAGCCGACCAUCCCCGCGCGCAAGGUGCUGCUGCUCGGCUCGGGCGGGCUCUCCAUCGGCCAGGCGGGCGAGUUCGACUACUCGGGCUCGCAGGCCAUCAAGGCGCUCAAGGAGAUGCGGUGCGAGGUCGUGCUCAUCAACCCGAACAUCGCCACCGUCCAGACGUCCGAGGGGAUGGCCGACCGGGUCUACUUCCUGCCCGUCACGCCCGAUGUCGUGCGCUCCGUCAUCGAGAGGCGGCCGCCCCUCUCCCCCCCCGCCGGCCACCCUCUGCCACCCCCGCCCCGGCCCAGUCCCUCCCCUCUCUCCCCUGCGGCGCGGCUGCGCGUGACGAACUUCACUUGGGAGCGGCCCGACGGCAUCCUGCUCCAGUUCGGCGGCCAGACGGCCCUCAACUGCGGCGUUGCCCUCGACAAGAACGGCGUCCUCGCCGAGUUUGGCGUGCGCGUGCUCGGCACGCCCGUCGAGGCGAUCAUCGCGACGGAGGACCGCGAGAUCUUCAACGCCAAGCUGACCGAGAUCAACGAGCGCAUCGCGGAGGGGUACCCGGCGUCCACCGUCGACGACGCCGUCGCGAUGGCGGCAAAGAUUGGCUUCCCGAGCCUCCCCAUAGGUGGGCUCGGCUCCGGCUUCGCGCACGACGAGGAGAGCGCGCGCGCGCUGGCGACGCAGGCGCUCAUCAACUCGCCGCAGGUGCUCGUCGAGCGGUCGAUGAAGGGGUGGAAGGAGAUCGAGUACGAGGUUGUGCGCGACUGCAACGACAACUGCAUCACCACGCUCUCCAACGCGGAGUACAUGAAGCUGCGCUCGGUCGCCAUCAAAGUGGCGCGCCACCUCGGCAUCGUCGGCGAGUGCAACAUCCAGUACGCGCUCAACCCGCAAUCGGAGGAGUACUGCAUCAUCGAGGUGAACGCGCGCCUGUCGCGCUCCUCCGCGCUCGCCUCCAAGGCGACGGGCUACCCGCUCGCCUACGUGGCCGCACGGCUCGCGAUGGGCGAGAACUUGCCCUCGGUGCGCAACUCGGUGACCAAGACCACGACCGCCUGCUUCGAGCCGUCGAUGGACUACUGCGUCGUCAAGUUCCCGCGCUGGGACCUCAACAAGUUCAAGGGCGUCUCGGCCGGCCUCGGCUCGGCGAUGAAGUCGGUGGGCGAGGUCAUGUCGAUCGGGCGCAACUUCCAGGAGGCGAUGCAAAAGGCGAUCCGGAUGGCGGCGCCCGGCAUGCUGGGCUUCCAGCCGCUCACCACCUUCGAGUCGGACGAGGCGAUCAACGCGGUCCUCUCCAACGCGACGGACCAGCGCGUCGACGCGCUCGCCGCCGCCUUUGAGCGCGGCGACUCGGUCGCGUCCAUCGAGGCGGCGACCAAGAUCAACCCGUGGUUCCUGUGCAAGCUGCACACCAUCCACCUGCUGCGCAAGCACCUGCAGAAGCGCACCCUCCAGACCAUCACGGCGGAGGAGAUGCUGCUGGCAAAGCAGCAGGGCUUCUCGGACAAGCAGAUCGCAAUCGCGCUCGGCGGCGCGGACGACGUGGCGGUGCGGCGGCACCGCAAGGAGCUCGGCGUGCUGCCCGUCGUCAAGCAGAUCGACACGCUCGCCGCCGAGUUCCCCGCGCAGACCAACUACCUCUACAUGACGUACAACGGCACCAUGUCCGACCAGCCCGUGCGCAAGAGCGGCGUCUUCCGCCUCAACCACGAGGCGCCCUCGACGAUGGUGCUCGGCUGCGGCGCGUACCGGAUCGGCUCGUCGGUCGAGUUCGACUGGUGCGCCGUCUCGUGCAUCCGCACGCUGCGCAAGCUCGGCCACCGCGCCAUCAUGGUCAACUUCAACCCCGAGACGGUCUCGACCGACUACGACGAGUGCGACGAGCUCUACUUUGAGGAGAUCUCGACCGAGCGCGUGAUGGACAUCUACGAGCACGAGGCCGCCUUCGGCGUCAUCGUCUCGGUCGGCGGCCAGACGCCAAACAACCUCGCGCUGCCGCUCGAGGCGGCGGGCGCAAACAUCCUCGGCACCAAGCCGUCCGACAUCGACAAGGCGGAGGACCGGAACAAGUUCUCCUCCAUCCUCGACCAGAUCGGCGUCGACCAGCCCGACUGGCGUGAGAUGUCCUCCAUCGCCGACGCGAAGGCCUUUUGCAACUCGGCGGGCUACCCGUGCCUCAUCCGGCCCUCGUACGUCCUCUCCGGCGCCGCAGAUGAAGGCCGUCUUCUAGGAACGAACCUUCUAGGCGCCGCGAUGAAGGUUGUCUUCUCCGACUCGGACCUGGAGCGCUUCCUCGCCGUCGCGUGCGAGGCGUGUGUGUCGCCCGACCACCCCGUAGUCAUCUCCAAGUUCAUCGAGGGCGCCAAGGAGAUCGAGGUGGACGCUGUCGCGUGCGAGGGCACCGUCCUCAACUACGCCAUCGCCGAGCACGUCGAGAACGCCGGCGUCCACUCAGGCGACGCCACGCUCGUGCUGCCUGCGCAGAAGCUCUUCGUCGAGACGGUGCGCCGCGUCAAGCGCAUCUCGCGCCAGAUCGCGUCCGAGCUCAAGAUCAGCGGCCCGUUCAACCUGCAGCUGCUCGCAAAGGAUAACGAGGUCAAGGUGAUCGAGGCGAACGUGCGCGCGUCGCGCACCUUCCCCUUCUCGUCCAAGACGCUCAAGGCCGGAUCACACCCGUCCCGCGGCCAAGGCGGUGGCGAGCGGCGCUCUUACCGCCUCUGGGUGAUGGUCGGCAGCAACCCGCCCGCGAUGCGCAUCUCGCUGCUCGACAACGAGUACGUCGGCAUCAAGGCGCCCAUGUUCUCCUUCACGCGGCUCGUCGGCGCGCCCCCCCACCCCGCCGUCGCCGCCGCCGCCGUCGCCGCCGCCGCCGCCGCCGCGCGGAGAGAGUCUUGCGCCGACCCGGUGCUCGGCGUCGAGAUGGCGUCGACGGGCGAGGUCGCAACCUUUGGCGAGGACGCCUACGACGCGAUCCUCACCUCGAUGAUCUCGACGGGUUUCCGCAUCCCGCAGCGGUCCGUCUUCCUCUGCCUCGGCCCGCUCGAGGCGAAGAUGGCCUUCUUGCCCGAGGCGCGCUGCCUCAUCUCGAUGGGCCUCCGCGUCAGCUGCUCGCAAGGCACGUACGACUUUUACAAGUCGCGCGGCCUCGACGUCCACUUGAUGCACAAGCCGCUCUCCAAGACGCAGCCCAACAUCGAGGACGCGAUCAAGAGCGGCGAGAUGGACCUCGUCAUCAACGUGCGCGACUCCAAGGCCGACGACGACUCCAAGACGGACGGCUUCCUCAUCCGGCGCGCGGCGGUCGACUCGUCGGUCUGCUUGCUCACCGACAUCAAGCUCGCGACCCUCAUCACCGAGGCGAUCCACCGCCGCAAGCCAAUCAACAUCAAGGCGUGGGACGAGUUUGGCAGCUGAGCUCGCGCGCGACGCUGGCUGCGGCGGCCCGCCUGGCCCAACCCCCAGGCUGACGCGGCGGCGCGUAGGUCGCCGCCUGGCGUACCCCUCCCCCCCUAGCGUACGUCGGAGGGGGCGCGGGGUGGCGUCCCUCCUUCAGUCCUUGCGACACAUCCCCUCGCCUCCGGGCCUCUUGAGUACGAUCGACACCCGCCGAGUCCUCUGUCGAACAGCGUACACUGCCGACUGUAAUUGUAGUUUAAUUCCCUGUCGUUCGAGCCCAUGUGUGUGUGGACCUUCCAUGAUUUUGUUUAUGUUUGUUUUACUGUCUUACAAUCGUCUGCUUUCU